UUCGGGCGCCAGCACAGCAUUGCUUGUCGCUUAUCGACAUAAUCAUGCCUGUUCUGACGAUGCAAUGGCAUCGAGAGCCCCUUCCAAUUACAUUCGCUGGCACUUCCGCUGUGCCUAUCCGCUCACUACUACGUAUCCAUAUCCACAGCAAUCACCGCCUGCUUCUCCGUUUCCUCCCCGCCGCUACCAUCCUUGUCAUCGCACCAGACCAUCCGCUUUCAGGACGCCACUUAAAUCUUGCUCUUCCUUAUAUAUCUUGUGACGCUCGCGUCAAUAUCAAACCGAAUUCCCCUUAAAACCCUAGAGGUAGUAGCCCGUUCUGACGUGAAUUGGCACAUGUACUAUCUACCUCUGCACCAUUUAUCCUUUUCAAACCCUUCUCUCCUCUAACCUUUCAAGUGUUUCUCUCCUUCUCUACCAUCUGUCACUGCCCCCAUCCUCCACCAAUGGCUCGUGACCGUGGGGCAUCUGCCCUCAUGAGAGACAAGACUCCUUUCCCGGCCAGGCAGAUGGCCAUACUAGCCCUCUGUCGUAUAUGCGAGCCAAUUGCUUUUAUGUCCAUCUUCCCCUAUGCAUACUACAUGGUAGAAUCAUUUCAUAUUGCAGAAGGCAAGGCGCAGAUUUCCAUGUACGUGGGCAUGGUGACUUCGGCGUUUGCAUUUGCCGAAUGUGCAAGCGGUGUUUUUUGGGGACGCCUGAGCGAUAGGAUUGGACGAAAGAAGGUCUUGCUGGGUGGCCUGUUCGGCACUGGGCUGAGCAUGUUACUCUUCGGAUUUGCGAGCAAUCUGGCCACCGCGCUGAUUGCCCGGGCGCUUGGAGGAUUAUUGAAUGGGAACAUCGGCGUCCUUCAAACCACCGUAGCUGAACUAGUGACGGUCGAGAAACACCAACCUCGCGCCUAUUCAAUCAUACCUUCCGUAUGGUGCCUUGGCACGAUCAUCGGUGCGAGCCUCGGCGGUUUACUUGCACAGCCUGCCACGAAUUGCCCGUCCCUGUUCAAAAAUACGAUUUUCGAGUCGUACCCAUACCUGCUCCCAAAUUUGGUGUGCACCGUGGUCGUUGUCUUUGGUCUCACAAUUGGAAUCCUAUUCCUUGAGGAAACACAUGAAGACAAGAAACACGAGCGAGAUCGUGGCCGCGAGAUUGGUCAAUGGAUACUUCAAAGAUUUUGGCCGGGGGAGGAGUACAUCCCUCUCAACGAUAAAGACGGGUCUUUUGAUGAAAUGAGCUCUAUGUUGGAGUGUCAUGACGGACAACCUUACAGAAGCACUUGCAGGUCCCCAACACUUUGUAGCUCUCGCUCUUCCAUCACUGAACCUCCGUUGCUUGCAUUGGAGAAAGAGCCACGACCAGCACUGAACAUACGCAAAGCGUUCACUAAGCAGGUCUGCUUAAACAUUAUAUGCUAUGGCAUUCUGGCUUUCCACACUAUAUCGCUCGAGCAAUUGCUGCCAAUCCUGAUGUCGCGUGACCAUUCAGAGGAGAAGCCGCACCUUCCCUUUGUGUUCAAGGGCGGUUUUGAAUUUUCUCCGCGAACAAUUGGCGUCAUUCUAUCGAUCCAGGGCGUCCUGCAGUUAUUCGCACAACUCAUCGUAUUUCCUUGGCUCAGCAAGAAACUAGGUAGCCUCCGCACUUUCUGGCUAACAAUAGCCACAUAUCCAUUCCUCUACUUCCUCGCUCCAUACCUGGCCCUGCUACCGGAGCACUUCCGCAUCCCCGGUAUCAUUCUAUUACUUGUGUGGAAAGUUACUGCGCAGUCGCUCUCCUACCCCUCGCUUGCUAUCAUGCUUGCAAACGCCGCCCCAUCGAAAAAGGUUUUGGGCCUAUUGAACGGUGCGGCAGCCUCCUCCGCCAGCGUUUGUCGCGGCUUUGGUCCCACUGUAUCAGGCGCAGUUGACACGUUUGGCGACAACCUUGGGGUAUCGGGGCUAGCCUGGUGGACGUGCGCUGGAAUUGCCGCGAUAGGAUGGAUCCCGGGCUUCUUUAUGAAAGAAGAGCGGAGACGGCCGGGGUUCUGUAAUAUUGAAGAGGACGUAGACGAAGAAGUCGGCCUUGGUGGAGCCCAGAUUAACACUGACUCGGACGUGGACUCGAUCAUCACGCUCACCCCAGAUGAGACAGUCGAGACGGUGCUCUCAAAAUGAGACACGACAGGAGGUGGACGAUGGCGUCGAAGGAUUUCGGCUUCCAGACUGUUUCAGGAACGAACGAGCCUAUGACAAGGUGCGGCGACACGAACUUUGGAGUUUAUUUGGCGUCACCCAUCGGAAUGGGAAUAUAGACAUGGUUCGAUGCAAACGAACUGUAAGGCUUAGCAUUUCGCCGGGCGAAGGAUUCAUGUGCAUCAUGUUUAUGGGCGGCUUUUUUUGGGGGCAACAUCUUUUAGAGGCGGUGCUCGGACAAAAGUGAGGCUACAAGCGGUAUGGCAAAUUGGCGUUGGUCAAAAGAAUAAUACCCCGAGUGCGUUUGAAGCGCCGUAGAAUAGUUCUGCUCAUGCGAUACAUAGUUGAUUUAAUACUGAAACCCG